AUGAUAGAUGGACCUCCAAAAAUUCGAAAGCUUUCCCGCAUACUCUCGAAAUACCUUACACCAUGGCAAACUCUUGUCAUAACCCUCCUCUACCUUUACAUUGCGCGAAACUUGGGAAAAUUAGUUGGACUCGAAUGUCCGGAGCCUUUAGCAAAUCUUUACACGAGGUCAUACUUUCGAGCAACAUGGGUCACGACAGCUUUGGAUGCGGGGUUUUGGAGUGCCAUGCGCAUAAGGCGGAAAUGGAUACGUGAUUUGGCUGGAGUUAUAUUCACCGUUUAUUAUUUGAUUGCUGCUGAGCAAGCCGAUGAAAAAGUUCGAAAAGUUAGAGGAAUGUUGACGGUGGAUCAUUUGAGAGUUAGUUGGAAUAAAGGAACGACUCCAUACUUGGGAUUUUUGUCGAAUUUAUUACGACCGAGAUUCAUGAGAUAUCCACCAAGAGCGAUUCGGAUACCGAGACCAUCGAGCAGUGAUUACAAAGAACCUGUCAGUGGAUGGUUAUUCUUCGAUGGACCACUAUCAGCUCUGAAAAAUCACACAAAAAUUGUUUUGGAUAUACCUGGUGGAGGAUUUGUAGCAAUGGAUCCAAGAACAAAUGACGACAAAUUAUUUGCAUGGGCAGGCAAAACUGGAUUGCCGGUUUUGAGUUUGGAUUACAAGAAAGCGCCAGAGUUUCCAUAUCCAUAUGCAUUAAACGAAUGUUAUGAUGUCUACAGUACGAUAAUCGCUAGUCGAGGUCGUUGUGUUGGAUUAUCCGGAGAUGUAAUUCCCAAGGUCGUGAUCACUGGGGAUAGUGCAGGUGGAAAUUUAGCUGCGAGCACCACAUUGAUGAUCAUCGAAUCCGGAAGAACAGAUACUCGACAGUUCUUGGGACAAGGAUCGCUUCCGAUUCCCGAUGGUCUAGUUCUCAUUUAUCCCGGAUUAGAUAUGAACAUUGGGAAUUGGAUGAGUGAUGAACAGAUGAGUUUGAUCAAAGAUAGAAAGUAUAGGAAGACAAAUAAGGGUAUUAUUGAGAGAAAAAGUAUGCAAUAUACUUUGGCAGCGGGAACACCACAUCAAAGUGAAGAUGAGGAUGAAAGUCCAAUGAAGUUACCUUCGCCACCAUCGAGAACGGAAGAAGGUGUAGAAGGCUCUACUCAAACACCGUCGAAAAUUUCUCUACCAUCCCCUCAAUAUAGCACUGCUGCCCCUACUAUUCUUUCUCCCACAUCUACAAAGACACCAACAAAAACUCAACCGACUGCACCAUCAACAUCUCACCAUCCCGCUCCUCUACGCACCCGCCUGGCCAUGUCAUCUAUGAUAUCCUACUUCAAUGACCGCAUCCUUACUCCGGAAAUGAUGCGUGCCAUGAUUAUUCUUUACAUAGGUCCUCACAAUCGUCCCGACUUUUCAACCGAUUAUCUUCUAUCUCCGAUUUUAGCACCCGACUCAUUAUUAGCUCGAUUCCCCAAAACUUAUUUCAUCACGGGAGAACGAGAUCCACUAGUGGAUGAUACGGUCAUAUUUGCAGGAAGACUAAGACGAUGCCAAGGAGAAGAUGCAGCAGAAGUCAUGUUAAUUCCUGGAAUAAGUCAUGGUUUCUUACAAUUUGUUGGAAUUUUCCCAGAGGGAUGGAAAUAUAUAUUCCAGUGCGGAAAAUGGAUGCAAAAGAUCUUUGAGGAAUCAGAACAAAGAGAACUUGCUAAAGCAAAUGACAAAGAGAAAUAUCGCAGAAGAACCAGAGCGGAGAGUUCCGGGGAUGAAGAUACCGGGCUUGAAAUGAGAAUGAGUAUUAGUGGAAAAGGGAAAGGUCCUGGUGAUAUGAAUGGGAAUGGUGAAGUGAGGAGAAAAAAGGAAAAGCUUCUUAGGGAAGAAAUUGGGAGGGGUAGUGGGGAAAGGGGAAGAACGAGACUAAGAGGAGGAAUUAAGAGACAAAAGAGUAUGGUUAGUUUAGCUAGUGAGGAUGAUCUUUUGGGGAGGAGAAUGUUGGGAUUGGUAGGGGCAUUGACAGGGAGGGGUGAUGAUGGUGGGGCUGAUGAUUGA